AUGUGUUUCUCAUAUUCCACAUCAGCUAUUGCAAUUCUUUGCGUUCUGCACCUCUCAUUUGCUUCUGUCAUCGAUCGACUCGAAACCUCCUCGAGAACGAAUGAGAGGAUGUUACUUCUUUCACGUGGUAAUUCCAGGUUUAACACCGAUGUUAAAAAUUCCGAGUUCUGCUUGAAUUCGGCCAAGAAGCCGAGUGCCUGCAUGGUCGCGUAUGGUAUCACCAAUGCUGGGAAAAAAGACAACACCCCCAUUGAAGUGGGCACAUUUGCUUUCCCAUGCGAUGGUGAUGCUCUUCUGGAAAAGUUUAACCAUGAGAAAUCAACACAAUACUAUGGUCUCAAUCAGGCCUUUGAAUUCAUAACCUUCAUAGGGAACACGAAACCAGGUUACAACAAUAUCAAACUAAGUAUCGACAAGUACGGAGAUCUGAAAGGACGAGUACACGCUCCAGUUAUCAGCAUCGAAGGUCACCAAUUGCCCGUUACGAAUACAACUAUUGUAGCCAAGGACUGGGCAGAUGCUAGUAAUCGUUUGAUAUGGGUUGCUAGCUAUCCUUGCAAGAAUUGA